AUGGACAAUCUCAGAGAUAAAACCACCUACAUUGCUAUUUUCACUCUUAUCUUCUUCGGCUUACUCUAUAUCUUCCUCUUUGACCGGCCUGGAACUACUUCUUCACUCCUCUUUCCAGAUCGACGCUCCAAUUGCCAACAUUCAACCUCUGUGAAUUUAAUUACAGGUUACAAGAACGAGCUGGACGUGGCGCUGGCGAAGGCGUCGACGGAGAACAGGACUCUGAUAAUUGCGAUAGUAAACAGAGCUUACGUAGAGGGAGAUAAGCCGAUGCUUGAUCUCUUCCUCGAUGGUUUCUGGCUCGGCGAAGAUACACGGGGACUGGUUGAUCACCUGCUGAUUGUGGCCGUUGAUCGGACGGCGUACGAGAGAUGUAAGUUUCUCCGGCUACACUGUUACAGACUGGAAACCGACGGUUCGGAUCAUUUUGAUGGAGAGAAAGUUUACAUGUCGGGUGAUUUUAUCAAAAUGAUGUGGAGAAGAACUCUUUUCCUUGGGGACGUAGUCAAACGUGGUUAUCAUUUCAUAUUCACGGAUACUGAUGUAUUAUGGCUAAGGAAUCCAUUCCCAAAGCUAAGUUUGAACGUGAAUGAAGCCACUGAUCUUCAUAUCAGCGUUGAUAGAUUCAAUGGUGAUGAGUGGUCCGAAGCCAACCCCAUAAACACUGGAUUUUACAUGGUGAAAUCUAAUAACAAGACAAUUUCAUUAUUUGAUUCCUGGUACGAGAGAAGAAACAACAGUAAGGAUCUAAAAGAGCAAGAUGUGUUGGAGGUGAUGAUGCAUGAAGGUGUCUUUAAACGAUUAGGGCUUAAGGUUAGGUUCCUCAACACACUCUUCUUCAGUGGGUUUUGCCAGGACAGCAAGGAUGCCAAAGCUGUCACCACCAUUCACGCUAAUUGUUGUCGCACCAUCGGUGCCAAGGUGGCUGAUCUAUUGGUUAUUAUUCAUGAUUGGAAUAAGUUCAAGAACUCAUAUGUUACCAAUCACACAUUUACAAAUUGGGGGACGAGGCAUGUGGCAUGCGCCAAUUCAUGGAAAAAGAAGUGA